AUGGAGGCAGAGGAUGGCCUCAGCCUGAGCGCCCUGCAGCCAUGGAACACAGACCCCAGGAAGCCAACGACAGCUUCCGCCGACCCCGCCAGGCGCUGGUCCCCUGGAGAUUCUCAGCCCCCAGCAGGCCCCAGUUCCACACCCAACGUCUACCCCAGGCCCCACACCCCAAAGUGCAGUAGCCUGGGUAUCUCCAGGACCAGCAGACCCCCAGCAAUACAGCUAGCCGAGACACCCAGUCAACACAUCAACCCAUCCCCCCCCAUCCCACCCCAAAGUGGCGCCUGGGAAACAGGACUGAGAGAAGACUGCUCCCACACCCGGUCCCCACACACACACCUAGUCCCUCCACCUUCCCCCUUCCCAGUCUUUCUACCCCAUUACCAGUCACCCCCACCGGCCCCUCCUAUAUACCACCCCACAUUCCCCCCUCCCAAGUUCUCCCCCCAACCAGCCCCCCGACAUGAUGGCCCACGAGGGACUAUAGGAAAUGUUUCAGGGAGAGGAACCCCGCCAAAAGCUCCAGAAAGAGACCACUGGAGACCCACACUCCAUCAGCUCCUCAGAGAUCGGCCCUUGUGGAUUCCACCCCAGCCUGUCAAACUCCAUAGUGACCUCCUUCCUGAACAAGAUGGGGCCCAUACGGACCCCCUGCGUCAGAACGGCCGGGACCCACCAGCAACGCAGAGUCCUGGCACAUGUCACAGUGACCAGCACUCUCUGUGUGCCAUGACGCACAGGGUCCGGCCCGCAUGA